GUCCGAAUUACCUCACGUGUCUGUUUGAUAGAUUUGAGUUAUAGAUUUCAUGAUGACUUCAAAUAUUUUUUUCCUUUGUCUACUUUCGUUUAUUUUGCACAGCUUGACUGAAGCAGUUUUUUUCAAAUUUAUAACAGGAUCAAUAGCCUCGAUGAACACAACCAAUAAAACAACUGCUGAGGCUCAACCAAAAAGAGUUAAUUCGACGUCGAAACACUCUUAUCUUUUAAAUAGCGAAAGGAGCAGUUUGGAGGCGAUUUCAGAUGUCGCAGUAAAAUCCCCCACCCAUUUAAAGAAUGUCCCUGAAAAAUCCAUUGAUCUGAAUAGCAUCUUAUCUAAAGCAGCUUUAGAAGCGAUUGGUGAUGCAGUAAUGGCUGAAAAGCUGAACAAAAAAUCGAAACUAUCCACAGCCACUUUACCUUCGACGACUAAAUUGAAAUCAAACCGUACAGGAAAUAUUGCAGAAAAAGAUAUAUGUGUAAACUAGACUACAUUUUUGGAAUUGUAGCAAAUUGUAAAUACUAUGAGCUGAAACGGAUUGUUUUAAAUCUAAAGUAACCUUAAAUAAAAUUAUUCUUAAAUCA